UGAACAGCAUCCUGCCCAAAGAGGGCAGAUGGUGCCUCAGGGGGAGCAAGAGCUGGCUACAAAAAUGUUACAAAUACAGUCUAAAAGGUUUUAUUUGGAUGUGAAACAAAAUAGAAGAGGAAGGUUUAUAAAAGUAGCUGAGGUUGGAGCAGCUGGACGGAAGAGUAGGCUACUUCUAGCAAUGUCUACAGCAGCUGAAUUCAGAGAUCAUUUAACUUCAUUUAGUGAACUUUAUGCUUCUUUAGGUCCUCCAAAUCCCGACAAUUUACCUGAAGAUGGAAAAUUAAAAAGUGAAGUUAUGGUGAAAGACAAUAGACGUUAUUAUUUGGACCUCAAAGAAAAUUCUCGUGGAAGGUUCCUAAGGGUUUCUCAAACUAUAGCUAGAGGUGGACCCCGCUCCCAAAUAGCUAUACCUGCCCAAGGUAUGAUAGAAUUUAGAGAUGCCCUUACUGAUUUGUUAGAAGAAUUUGGAACAGAUGAUGGAGAAUUUAAAGGUGAACUACCAGAAGGACAACAUAUGAGAGUAGAAAAUAAAAACUUUUAUUUUGAUAUUGGUCAAAAUAGCAGGGGAAUUUAUAUGCGUAUAUCAGAGGUUAAAAGUAAUUUGAGAACAGCCAUCACCAUUCCAGAAAAGUCUUGGUCUCGCUUUCGAGAUAUAUUUGCCGAUUAUGUAGACAAGAUGAAAGAAUUGUCCGAGAAAUCCGCUACAGGGGGUAAAUGAAGUUCUAUCUAGUGCCAUCCUGAGCAAAAUCAAUUGUACAGAGACAUUAGUAGUAUGCGACACGUUUAUUGCAGAUUCCGACUGUCCCGCUGGUGAUUGUUUAGGUGCUGUUAUUUGUUCCCGGUGAAUGACUGUUUUCUUUGUUGCGUCGCUAAGAGAUAAUAUUAAAACUAAAGCUUUGGCCACACUAUGCUGGGCCCAAUCUCUACAGACUAGAAACCCGGUGAAAAAAGAAUGCUAUAGCUGCAAUUUUUAUUUUGUUAAGUAUUGGUUUAUGAUUGGUUUUGAAAUGUUGCAUAACUUGCACUUUAAAUGGAUAAAUAUUUUAUUUUUAUUUUUAAUAUGUUAAAGAGGAUAGCCCUCGAAAGAUUGAAUUUUGAAAUUUCUACACUGGACUGGUGAUCAUUUUUAAAAGGUGAGCUCUGCUUCCUGUAAAGUUUUUCGAAGACGUGUUUCUUGCUGGAUAGGAUAUCUUUUAUUUUAUCUGUGUUUUUCAUUUUAUGCUUGGUUGAAUGCUAACCAGCUGUUGUGAAGUAUGAACGUCACUUUCUAACUGAAAUGCAGGAUAAUAAUUCAAGAAGUUUAUGUAAUUAUCAUUGGAAAUUAUCAUGAAGCAUGAGUUUCUUAUGCAAUUUUUAGAUUAUUAGUAUUAUCUUAUUUCUCCCUCUAGUCUCAUAUUUCACAUUUUAUUUAUCAUACAUGAAUUUUAGGAGACAAAGACCAUUUUCUCAUAAAUAUUGUGAUUACCUUUGCAGUGUAGUAUUCAUAUACAUAUAUGCUGUUAUAUUUUUUUAAAUUUUAGAGUGUUCUAUACAUUUUUGCUUCAGCAGUGUUUUAAAUCACUGCUGACGUCUCAUUUUAUCAUUCAUCUUUCUUAUAUCCUUUGAAAGCAGCCGAAUGUUGAAUCAGUGGCUCAUCAAUAAUGGUGUACCACGAAAUAUGUCCGGGUUGUUACGUUUUGUGGGCUUGCGUUUCUGAAGUCUCCUGAUUUUUCCGUUUCUCACUGGUUACUCAUAAGCUAAUACAACCUUAAAAUUCUGUAGGUUAAUGGUAAGAUCUAUUUGACAAGUUAUGUAACCGAUUUAUUUUUAUAAAUAUUUAGAUUUGAUAUCGAUUUAGUGCAUUUUCAGGUUUAUUCUAAUGCUAUUCAGAAAGACCAGCUGCGAUGAAAUUGUUAAAUACGGGGCCACAAGUUAUUUUUAAAAAGAAGGAAAACGUUGAAUGCAAAGGUGUGGUUAUGCUACCUCCUUUGAUAUUUAUUGCUCAUGUUACUUCAUGAAUUAAAGUAUCACUUGUUACAGUUAAUGUGUUUCAGAAUUUCUAUAAGUUACUACUUGCAUUGUUAAAAAUUGAGAUUUUGGAAACGCAACUUGCCUGUUUUAAGUGUUAGUGUAAAUGAGAGCCACAAAUGUCACUGCUAUUUGUACCUAACCUUGAAUGUUGAAAAUGUCUGUGGCUAACAACAUAAAGUGAGUGUUAUUAAUGCAUCAUUAAAGCAUGCUUAAAUUCUGUUAGCCACCACGAGAAAAAUAUUCCCUCUCUCCUGUUCCUCGCCCUUGUUGACUUUAUUCUUUGUACAAAUGUCAGUGAAAACUGUUGGACUUCAUUGAUUACACUACAGUUUGAUGAAACAGAAAGCUGCUUUUUCAAGUUGUUGCUUGUUAUACAAUCUGAACUGUUUAUUGAUCUGAAAUGUGUUCAGUGAUAUGACCCAAAUCAAAAAAGAAAAAAAAAGAAACAAAUCCAAAAUCGAAGAAUGUAUUUUCUCUUAUAUAACAUAAAAUUUUUGGGUGGGAUCAGCGCAGUUAUUGAAAUGAAAAUUACAUUCACAUUGUAGUUUUAGUCUGUUAAAAACUUACUAGCAGUCUUUCUCUGUAUAUAUCAAAAGUCUCUUUUGGAUUGACUUAAAAAUUAGUACACAACUUUGUACAUUUUUAUGGGCAGUUAGAAGUUUCUUUAAACUAUUCAAAGAUUUAGGAGCUAUAAAAGCAGAUGCAUUCAGUUAUGAUAUGCUCUUGUAUUUUGUAUGUAAAUAUUUGUGUCAUUAAAUGAAUUUAUGUAAUUCUUUUGGUUUAUUGUUUUAUGAAAGCUCACCGUUUUAAAUUUGAUUGAGGUUUUCCCCCCUUUAAGUUAUAAAAUGUGGUAAAUUUUCUUUGAGCUAUGACAUUCAUAAAAAGUUAAAAGGAGAAAAAAGGUCUACAUAUUUUUCUAAGAUGUAGAAGCAUAACUGUUAUUUUAAAAAAUUAUAUUGUUACAAUAAAAUUGUACACAAUUUUUUAUUUAAAAUAUUGAAAGUUGUAGAUUUCAUUUAUUGGACUUUUAAAAUUUAUCAAAAACAAGAUUUUAAUUGGUGUGGUCCAGAUUUUGAGUUUGUGGGGGGGGGGGGGAUUAGUGCGUUAGUUUACCAAAGUCUGAAGGCACAGUGGGACACAUUGGACACUUGUUGUGGAAUAUGUUUGAAGCGAAGUUUUCUGUUGAAUUAUUGUGAGAAUUGUUUGUUGUCAUGAAGUAAAAAAUGAUCUUAGGUGAGCUGUAUAUGGCUUUAUUUCUAAAAUUCUUAACUUUGUCAAGUACUGUUGUUUCAUAAGUCUGUUUGCAGUGACAAAGAGAAUAAUUUCUCGUACACCGGCCAUUGCUAGCUAUACUUUUCUAUUAGCAGUUACUGCCAAGCUGCUGUUUUUUCAUAUAAAAGAGAAAAUCACCCUAACCCUCAAUUCUCAUGCUAUGAGUGUUUUUAAGUUUUGAAACUAUUUCGGGGAAGGGAAAUGUUGUGUGGGCCCCUUUCAACAUUUUGUUGAUGGUGUUCUCGAGGAUGCCGGCUUUUUGAAUCAUUUUCAUGGGGUAAACAUAGCAAUUACACUGCCACUCUAAAAGAAGAUACUAGGAUGUGAUGCCUGGUGAAAAAUGCAUCUAGAGAAUUUGAGAAGUUAGUUAUUUGUUUGUUAAAUUGUUGUAAAAUAAAUGUUAGUGCAGCACAUUAUAGAUUCAUUCUGUUACCUUUAUAUUUUGUUCCAUUGAAGGUUUUGAACUAAAAUUUUGUUGUAAAUGCAAGGGCAGAUGAAAAAAAUAUGAAAUGGUAUUUUCCAAAAUUAGACGAAAAAAGAAUUAAAAAUUCAAAUCACUACUUUAUUCAUGUAUACAUUUGUUAUUCAGUAAAUCUAUAUUGAUAAAACGUUGCAUCCUUGCAUUUAUUUCUAUUUAUACAAUAUUAAGAAUCUACUGUUUAAAUUCAUAGUUUCUGUAAACUUGCCUGUAGUACUUUUUAGUAGAUAUUUAGAAAAAUUAAAUUUGGUAAUGUUAUGUUUCCCACCAUGCAUUAUUACUUUUGUAACUGUGUGUAUCAUGUUUGUCUGCCCUUGCUCUUUUUAUAAAUCUGAAUUGAAUUGAUUUUUACUUAAGCUACUGUGUUAAGUUUACUUUUAUUUAACCCACAUCAGAGCUUUAAGGAAGAGAUUAGUGGGGAUACUGUUAAAAACUGCACAGUUUUAUGACUUAUGUAAAACAAUUUGUAGAUAUAUUUGUGAAAUUUUAUGUAACUUACUAUGUUUUAAAGAUAUUCCUCUAUUUUCAGCCUGUUUUUCUUUAACUACAUUCAGCAAAAACAUACACCACUUUUGUUUUACAUUAUAUGUUUUU